AUGGCUGCUACUGUACGGAAUCCCACGAUAGUAGGCGCCCUAGCUUGUCAGAAGAACUCUUUUCUGAAGAAAGAUUUCCGAACUACGGUAGUACAAUGUGAACCUACCAAAAAGAAGAGUGUUUAUGAAUUGAUCCUUCAAGACACCAUUUUAUUUCCGGAAGGUGGCGGUCAACCCAGUGAUUCAGGUCUUAUUAGAUCUGCCGGCUCCAAAGACGAAAUUGUGGUGUCACAGGUUGUUCGAAAAGGUCUAAAUGCUGUGCAUUUAAUAAACGAGCAUGUUGAACCCGGUACUGAAGUAUGUCUAGAGAUCAAUUGGCAGAAGCGCAUGGACUUUAUGCAGCAACACACCGGUCAACAUUUGGUUAGUGCGAUAUUAGACGAUAAAUGGAAGCUUGACACCCUAUCGUGGUCUAUGGGAGGAGUUCCUACCGACAAGAAACCAAUAGUGGAGCCCUACGAGCUUUUCAAUUACAUUGAAAUUGGUCGUAAAUUGAGCGAGGAGGAGUUGUUAAAGCUGUCGGACGCGUGCAACGAUUAUAUUACCGUCCAGGAUCAACCCAUCACAGUCACGGAACAUGGUUCUGAAGCCAUAGAUGCAGAAAAAGGCGCAAUGAGGACUAUCUGCAUUGGAAAAUUAGAUGCAAAUCCGUGUUGCGGCACUCAUCUUCAGAAUACCUCCCAGAUCGGAUCAAUCUUGUUUUCUCCUUUCCAAACAAGCGCCAGAGGCACAAACUCCAGAGUUUAUUUUAUGUGCGGUUCCAGGGUCCUGAAGUAUGCUAAGUUUGCCCACACCAUGACUAGUCGUUCAAAAACCUUGCUGUCGUGCAGCGAGGCCGAAAUUCCCCAAAAGAUUGAGCUGCAGCGCGCGAUGACUCAGAAAGUAUCCAAGCGAGAACAAUACUGGAUGAAAGAGGUUGCGAACUCAAAGGCAGCUUCUUUAUUCGAUGCAGUGGUGGAAAAGAGGAAAGCUUGGCUGGCGUUAGAUGAGUUCGGCACUUUGGACAUGCUGAGUCUUGUUCAAAAAACACUGACCUCAAAGAUCGAGGAACAGAAAAUCGAGGGUUACAAGUUCGUGAUUUGUGGCCGCGAAAAGGCCACAAACUCGGGUGUGGUCAUGAUAGUGUCAGACUCCGCUGAUGAAAUAGCAAAUGUUGCGUCCAGCCUGGGCCAACUUGUGGAAAAACUUAAAGGUGGGGGUGGGAAGAAAGGCGGAAAAUGGCAGGGGAAAGUGGCGGAGUACGGUAAGCCAGAAUGGGAUUCUUUGGUUCAGUUUUUGGGCGACAACUUCUGA